AUGGUCGAUAAAGGCGAGGUUGACGAGGACUCACAAGAAGAUGUGAAGAAAAAGUGUGAUACAUACGGCACGGUGGAGGAGGUGAAGGUUGUCGAGGUUGGUGACGAAGUGAGAGUAUUUGUUGUGUUUGCUGAUGUUUCUGCAUCCAAGAAAAUCAUGCACGGACGAACUUUUGACCAAAAGGCUUUUGGCUUUUGA